AUGGCUUUUGUUGGGGCGCUGAAGCUGCUCGCUGUGGGGUCGCUCAUCUCAGCGUCAGUUGCAAAGCCCAUUGAGCCGCGAUUCCAGAACGACAAUGACGAUACUCCAUUGCCUCUGGUCAUUUGGCAUGGUCUCGGCGACACUUAUCAAGCCGAUGGGAUCCGCCACGUCGCCGAAAUCGCCGAGGAAGUCAACCCCGGGACCCUCACCUACCUUAUCCGAAUGGAUGAGGAUGCUUCCCGCGAUCGCCUGGUUACUUUCGGGUCCCAACACAACGGCAUCUCCAACUUCCGCGAAUGCGAGCCGACCGAUUGGAUUUGCAGGAUCGCUAUGGCCGUCGUGAAGGGCGACGCCUGGAACAGCGCGGUGCAGAGCACCCUCGUCCCGGCCCAGUAUUAUCGAAACCCCGACGAGUACGAGCAGUACCUGGAGAACUCCAACUUCCUUGCCGACAUCAACAACGAGCGCGAGGAGAAGAACGAGCAGUACAAGAAGAACAUUGCCAACCUGGAGAACUUCGUCAUGUACAUGUUCGAGGACGACAAGACUGUCAUUCCGAAGGAGACGGCUUGGUUCGAGGAUGUUAAUGGCACCGAGACCACGCCGCUGCGCGCCCGCAAGCUGUACUCGGAGGACUGGCUCGGCCUGCGCCAGCUCGACCGCAAGGGCGGGCUCAAGUUCCGCCUCGCGCCGGGCGAGCACAUGAAGCUGACCGAGGACAUCCUGAAGGAAGCCUUCGGUGACUUUUACGGUCCGCUGAACCCCCAUCGCGGCCGCUCCGAGCCGAGGCCGAAGCAUGUGCACAACGACGAUCUCUGA